AUGCGUUGCACCAAGUUUCUACCUGCCGCCGCUGCUGUCCCGAUGGCCCAGCUGCUCCGGCCGGCAGCCGCCUCCAGGCCUCGGCUGAAGGCCGGCCUUUUGCUGCCGUUCCGACAUCAUCGCGGCCUCUUAUACGGAGCCGCUGUCGACAUCGAGGCCUUGCGCGCAUCCAUGGCUGCCCGUCCGGCCAAAGCUAUCUACGAUGUGCUGUCACCUGUGCCGUCUCACCUGCUCAACAUCAGCCUGUCGGACUACAUUCCCCCGGAGUGUGGUGCCUCGCCCGGCUCACCUUUUGACCGCCGCAUGUGGGCCGGCGGCUCUGUUCGCUUUGACGGCUUUGAGAGCCUCGUUCUCGACGGCCGUCGCGCCGUCUGCGUCGAGCGUCUCGGCCACAUCAAGGCUAGUGGGUCUCCCGGCGCCGAAAAGAUCUUUGUUGAUGUUUGGCGUCGCUACGGCCUCGUCGAUCCUGCUGCUGCCGAUCCUGAGGCCGCUGUUGAGGCCAGCCCUGCCGUCGAGGAGCGUCGCACCCUCGUCUUCAUCCGCGAUGUCCUCCUGCCGCCAUCCUCUGCUACAUCUUCUUCCCGGCCGCCGUCACGUGUCGUCAAACUCCCCUUUGAGCCUGACUAUGCCUUCUCUCUCACUCCCUCGGCCACCCUGCUCUUCCACUUUAGCGCCCUCACCUACAAUGCCCAUGCCAUCCACCUCAACCCUCAGUACUGCCGCGAGGUCGAGGGCCAUCGCAACCUGCUCUUCCACGGCCCCCUAUCCCUAGUUCUUAUGCUGUCCAUCUUGCGCUCCCAGCUUUCUGAUCCUGCCGCCAUCAAGAGCCUAGAGUAUCGCAAUCUCGCUCCUCUCUACGCCGAUGAGCCUCUUCGCGUCUGCAUCCGCAAGAAUAACCAUGGAUCUGCCACUGAUACCAACAGAUGGGAUGUCUGGGUUGAAGGCCCUGAAGGCGGCCUGGCCGUUCGGGGAUCGGCCAUAACUGCGUAA